CUAAAGGAUACUAACGGUUUCGAUAAUAGCUGGAAACCCAUCUUGAGGAGCAAGAAGCCAAGCACAGUUCUGAGCAGCGCUCGUUGCGCAACGUCGACCGCACAGUCAAAGACAUGCAGUCCCAGAUUGAUCGGCGCGAUAAGAUGAACACUCAGCUCAAUGACGACGUCAACAAAGCUCGCGAAAAGAUUGAGCGUCUUCUCCGGAACAUUGAGGAACUCCAGCAUAGCGACUCGGAAACGCAGCUGCAAGUCCGUCGACUUGAGCGUGAUCUCCGGGAAGAAAGGGAGAAGUCGCUCAGGAUGGAGCGUGAACUGGACGGAUGGCGGGCGCUCCGCGUUGAAAGGGGCAGCGUCCUCGGACGAGGCCACGUUGGUGCUUUCAGUGAUGCUGGAAGCAGAAGGGGGAGCAGCGUGUAUGGUUCAGGCGAGGUACCACAGCGGAUGCCUAGCAACACCAAAGGCUUCUUGGCCUGAGCGACCAAUGACGACUAUGACAUGAUGGCAGCCCUGCAUGGCUACGGAGUGUUGAAGGAAGGCGGCGCUUGGAUUAUGCUUUUGAAUGAUUUUG